ACAAACAACAUGAAGUUCAUCAUUGCUUUCGCCUGCCUGCUGGCUGUGGCCUGCGCCAACGAGGAUGCCGGUGUGCUCCGCAAUGAUGCGGAAGUGAACGUUGAUAGCUUCAAGUACGCUCUGAAGCUCGACAACUCUGUGGAUAUUGAGCAGCAGGGUCAGCUCAAUGGUGAGGAGUGGACUGUCAAGGGACAACAGGCCUGGACAUCUCCCGAGGGUGAGGCAGUGUCCAUUCAGUACGUUGCUGACCAGAACGGAUACCAGGUUCUCGCUGCCAACCCCCCUCUGCCCACCUCUCCCCCAAUCCCAGAGGCCAUCCAGCGCGCCCUGGAAUGGAUCGCAGCCCACCCCUCUAAGGAAUAAGUCAUGUUUACCAAAAAAAUAAAAGCAGUUAAAAGUU